CCAUACCUCCCCCGUCGUCACCUGUAUUGGCUCAACAUCUGCAAACCAUGAUUGCUGAGGAUAAGAAUGUCGCUAUAAGGCAUAUUAAUGUACGUACUUUAAAAGCCGUAUGCGCUAGCAAGGGUGCUUAUUUCAAAAUCAACGAUAUUAAAGAGUUGGGAUGUCUUCUUGCACAACUGGAUGGUUUGGAUAAUGAAGUAUGGGGAUUUGAGCGUGUUCACCGACUUGUAAUGAAUGCGAUUGGAAUAUCUCUUGAAAGACAAGAUUUAUUAACAAUGAAUGAUCAAAUAUAUUUGGAUGUUGAACAUUUUAUUUUGGCGUCAAAUACUUUAAGAGCAAAUCAAAAGCUACGGAAAGAUUUCGUUGAGUCAGCCUCAUCUAAUAAUGACGUAACAAAUAAAGGUCCAGAAAAGCUAGUAAGUAUUGUAGGUAUUGGGGAUGGUAAAAUAAAUUUAUCAAACCGAAAAAACAUGAGAAAAGAGGACCUUGAUAAAUAUGAAAAAAAACUUUUAGGCUGCGUGGUAGAUCCAGAGAAUAUUUAUGUAGGAUUUUCUGACAUACAUGUUGCGCAAUCCACUGUUCAAACUCUUCAAACGCUGAUUACCUUACCUUUAAUGCGACCACAAUCAUUCUCUUAUGGAGUCUUGAGAAGACAUUUUAUAACUGGGGUUUUAUUGUUCGGGCCACCUGGAACUGGUAAAACUAUGUUGGCGAAAGCCGUUGCCAAAGAAAGCGGUAGCACUGUGAUCGAAAUUAAAUCCAGCGAUGUAUACGAUAUGUAUGUUGGUGAAGGUGAGAAGAAUGUUCGGGCAAUAUUUUCUCUUGCCCGUAAGCUAUCACCAUGUGUGAUAUUUUUAGACGAACUUGAUGCGAUAUUUGGAUCCAGGAGAUCAGACAUACAUAACGGAGCACAUAGAGAAAUCAUCAACCAAUUCAUGGCAGAAUGGGAUGGUUUGACGUCUCGUAAUGAAGGUGUACUGAUUAUGGGUGCAACCAAUCGACCAUUUGACUUGGAUGAUGCCAUUUUAAGGAGAAUGCCAAGAAGGAUAUUAGGUAUUACAUAUAAAUUGCUUUUAAGAAUUGGAAUCAAUGUUGGUCAAUGGCAUUUAAUUAUAUAUGAGACUUUCAUCACCAGUCAUAAGUUAUUUGUUGAUUUACCUACCGAGAAAGAUCGUGAACACAUCCUUCAUUUACAUCUUCGUGACGAGAAACUUGAUCCGUCGAUAUCAUUGGCAAACUUAGCGAAAAUAACCAAUCUUUACUCCGGGUCAGAUUUAAAAAAUUUAUGUAUUAGUGCUGCUCUUGCCGCCGUCCGCGAGGAUGCAGAAAAAGAGCAAGCAAAUUCUAGCACAUUUGUCAAAGGGAUUACGAAAAAGACCGUUGACAAACACCCAGAAAUUAGAGUAUUGAAAACUCAUCAUUUUCAGCUUGCACUUAAACAAGUGACACCUUCUUGUUCAGAAGAUAUGUCAAGUUUGACUGAGCUGAGAAAAUGGGACACAAUGUACGGUGACGGAGCAUGGAACAGAAAAAGACGUUCGAAAGGAAUAGGGUUCGAUGUUGAUGCAG